AUGGGAAAAACACUAGAGUCAUAUGAUCUUCCAAGUAUUUCAACAGAUACAAAAAAUAAAUCAGCUGACUGGUCACGAGAAAUAGAAGAGGAAUUGUCAUUGGAAAUUCCUAUGGAAGAUCAGGAAGCUGAGACUAAACUGAAUGAGGAACAAAGUAAGGCUUUCAAUGCAAUAUUAGAUUGUGUGCGAAAAGGGAAGCCUGCAAUGUUCUUCAUUGACGGACCAGGAGGAAGUGGCAAAACAUUUUUAUACCGUGCACUUUUGGCUCAUCUCAGAUCCAGAAAACAAAUAGCGAUUGCAACAGCAACAUCUGGGGUAGCGGCUGCAAUAAUGCCUGGGGGAAGAACUGCGCAUUCACGUUUUAAAAUUCCAAUAGAUGCCACUGACUCAACUGAAUGCAAUAUAUCCAAGCAAAGUGGAACUGCUGACUUAUUCCGUAAAGCAAAAUUGCUUAUAUGGGACGAAGCACCUAUGGCAAAAAGAUGGGCCAUUGAGAAUGUAAAUAAAUCCCUUCAAGACAUAAUGGGAAAAAAAGAGCAUUUCGGAGGCAAAGUUAUUGUUUUUGGAGGAGAUUUUAGGCAAGUGCUACCUGUUGUUCCAAGGGCUACAAUUCACCAAACAAUUUAUGCGAGUUUGGUCAAAUCAAAUCUUUGGAAUAAUAUGGUUAAAAUCACUUUGACAAGAAAUAUGAGAGCACAUAAGGAUACAAAAUUCAGUGAUUUUUUACUCAGAAUUGGCAAUGGAGACGAGCCAACAGACAUUGAAGGGAAUGUCAAAAUUCCAGAUGACAUGAUUGUGAACUAUGAUACUGAAGAAAGAUCUAUACAACGCCUAAUUGCUGAAAUUUUUCCAAGGUUCACAUGGAGUUCUACAAAUUUACAAAUACCAUAA